GGGAGAAAGAGAAAUUGGUCCAGCAUCUCCGGAGCGGCGGAGCGGAUGACAGAGAGACACGCCGUCCUCCUCAGCAAAAAAAUAAAAAAAUAAAUAGAUUAAAUUAAAAUGAGGAGGAAUUAACUCGCCGACUGUCGCGAUGCACAACCUGGAUGUUUAAGCCGGAACCUCCUCGUCUGCCAUAGAUCUGACUUUAUUCUAUCAAUGAGAUCUGCGGAGGGGCUCUACCGCACGGUGGCAACGCAGAAAAACACAAGAUGAAGAAGCAGUUCAACCGAAUGAGACAGCUCGCCAACCAAACAGUGGGCAGGGCUGAAAAAACAGAAGUAUUAAGUGAAGACCUGCUGCAGGUGGAGAAACGUCUGGAGCUGGUCAAGCAGGUUUCCCACAGCACACACAAGAAGCUGACCGCCUGUCUGCAGGGCCAGCAGGGUGUGGACGUGGACAAGAAGUCUGUCAGGUCACCCUCGAAGAAGCUUCCUCUCACAACGCUAGCACAAUGCAUGGUGGAGGGGGCGGCCGUGCUCGGGGACGAGUCUCUACUAGGGAAGAUGCUGAAGCUCUGCGGAGAGACGCAGGACAAACUCGCUCAGGAGCUCAUAAUGUUCGAGCUCACCAUCGAGAGAGACGUGAUCGAGCCGCUGUACGACCUCGCAGAGGUGGAAAUACCAAAUAUCCAGAAACAAAGGAAACACUUAUCGAAACUGGUCCUGGAUAUGGACUCUGCACGCACACGGUACUACCAGUCUACCAAGUCUUCAGGAAUGUCCACCAACCUGCAGCCAACAGGAGCCAAGGCCGACCACCUCAGGGAAGAGAUGGAGGAGGCAGCCAACCGCAUGGAGAUCUGGCGAGACCAGUUAUCAGCAGAUAUGUACAGUUUUGUGGCCAAAGAAAUUGACUAUGCAAGCUACUUCCAGACACUGAUAGAAGUCCAGGCAGAGUACCACAGGAAGUCAUUAGAGCUGCUUCAGAGCAUUCUGCCCCAGAUCAAAGCUCAUCAGGAGACCUGGGUGGAGAAACCAUGCUACGGGAAACCAUUAGAGGAGCACUUAGCGCUCAGCGGGAGGGAUAUUGCCUUUCCCAUCGAGGCCUGUGUCACCAUGCUGCUGGAGUGUGGCAUGCAGGAGGAGGGUUUGUUCAGAAUCGCUCCCUCGGCCUCCAAACUGAAGAAGCUGAAAGCGUCUCUGGACUGCGGCGUGUUAGACGUUCAGGAAUACUCUGCAGACCCUCACGCCAUCGCAGGUGCCCUGAAGUCCUACCUGCGGGAGCUGCCUGAGCCAUUAAUGACCUUUGAACUCUACAACGACUGGAUUCAGGCUUCCAACAUUCAAGACCAAGACAAGAGGCUGCAGGCUCUGCUCAACGCCUGUGAGAAACUACCCCCAGCCAACAACAACAACUUUAAGUAUUUGAUCAAAUUCCUCUCCAAGCUGACUGAAUACCAGGAUGUGAACAAGAUGACGCCUGGUAACAUUGCUAUUGUCCUCGGACCCAAUCUACUGUGGACUCACAAUGAAGGCAACAUCACCGAGAUGAUGACGACCGUGUCCCUGCAGAUCGUCGGCAUCAUCGAGCCCAUCAUCCAGCACGCCGACUGGUUCUUCCCAGGAGAAAUCGAGUUCAACGUCACAGGGAACUACGGCAGCCCCGUCCACACCAACCACAACGCCAACUACAGCUCCAUGCCCUCUCCGGACAUGGAUCAGAUGGACCGCAGGCAGAACGACCAGAGCCGACGGCCGCUCAGCGUCGCCACCGACAACAUGAUGCUGGAGUUCUACAAGAAGGACGGCAUUAGGAAGAUACAAAGCAUGGGUGUCAGGGUGAUGGACACUUCUUGGGUGUCGCGCAGGGGCUCGUCGUCGUCUUCGCGUAAAUCCUCCUCCACGCCACCGAGCGUGCAUCCCCCCGUCCCGCCCACUGACGCGCUCACCCCCGAGCAGCCUGGGGAUUUCGCUGCCUCCCCCUCCCCCACCCCUCCUCCCACUAGCAGCGACCGAGCCAGCUCAGAUGAUGCGUCCUCGAAUUGGUCGGACUCCUGUUAUGUCUACCCCUCCCCCGAGGAGGAGAGGCCGCCUCCCCCUUACCCUUCUUCCUCUUCUUCCUCCUCCUCCUCCUCUUGCUCUUCCCACUCGCUUCCUCACCACCAUUUCUACACCCGAGCACCUCUGUGUAUGCGCCCCGUCGCCCCUAGUCCCGAGUCCGCGCCCUUUGGCCCGUCCCCUCCACCCCGCCGCACCGGCUACAGCCCACCCCCGCUCCCCCACUCCCUGUGCCCAUCCCCUCAGCAGCUUGACGUCAACUCCAACCCCAAACCUAACUCCCUGCACCUGCCCAAACAGGCCUCCCUGUCCGACGGCCCGCAUGCGGCCCCGUCCGAAACGAAUGGUUCCACCCUUUACAUCAAACCCCCGCUCGUUCUUACUCGUCACGAUCUGUUCCUGGGCUCCCCUAAACCUCCCAACACCCCCCUAUCUGCUCCCCCUCCGUGGGCAGCCUGUGCCUGUAACCGGGAGAGAGGAGCCAAGCUGACGAGUACUCUGAAGAACAAGGAGCUGUCUCCAGUGAUUGGACAGAAGGGACUCCAGGGAACAGUGGCCUCUAGUGGACAGUCACCGCACUCUGAGCACAGCCCACACACCCUGAGAAGAGCGAAGAAGCUGGCCCCAAUCCCACCUAAGGUCCCUUACUGUCAGACCGGAGCCAUGUCCGACCAGUCGACGGGCCAGCCGUCCCCGGUCAGCCUGUCGCCCACUCCCCCCAGCACCCCGUCCCCGUACGGCUUCAGCUACCCGCAGGGGUACGCCACCAUCGGCUCCCCGUGUCAGGUGCAGUCCGCAACCACUCCGUCCAUGUCCUCCCCGCCCUCGCUGGCCGGCACUCUUACCAAGGCCAGGCCGACGCCGAAGCCGCCCCGGCAGAGGCCCAGCUUGCCUCCCCCUCAGCCCCCCACCACACCCGGCACCAGUCCCCAACCUCUGGAGCACUCGUCCGGCCUCCUGGACGGCCUGUCCCCUGGAGAAAGCAUGUCCACAGAUUCCCUCUGCAACUUGGACAUCCCCAUCAUUAACAUGGAACUGGACGGUAUAUUUGACUUGACCCGCAUCUCCCCCUUCAGGAACUCAGUGGCGCUGCUCGAGUCGACCAACAGCAGAGCGGACUCGGAGGAAGAGUCUGAGAGCACAGUGCUAUGACGCCGCUGAGUCCCCCCCCCACCCCACUCUCCACUCUCCCCGCCGGCCUAUUAAACGAAACGCAACGCUACUGCUGCCCUGUCUCACUCACCGACCUUUCACCUCUAUGGAUUACUUCGGUCUCAACAGCUGCCCUAGAUCUCCUCAUCACAUCUGUAUUUGGUCCAGAGGGGCUGAGAGUUAAAAAAAACAAGCGCUCAUAAACGAGCUGUUAGUUGUAGUGUUGUCAGGGAGCUUUUGAUCAGAUUUGACAUUUAACAUUGGCUGGAUUUCCUUUUUUUUUUUUUUUUUUUUUGUUAUUUAACGAUUUGUUUCUUUUGGCCUUAUUUGAUUCACUUGCAAUAUUGCCUUUAACAUCACACACAAGACUGGAAGCAGGCUGCUGGGCGGUGUGAGGGCUCUUUGCUGCUGCUGCUGCUGCUGCUUUCUCAUGAGUGAAUCCCAGAAGAACAAACAACACAGUAAUGUUCAUGUGUCCUGUUAACUCCUCUUUUUUUUUUUUUAUCAUUUAUCUCCCAUUCAGAGUUUCUCCCUCAUUCCUCAGGGGUGUCAGUUGAAAUGCCUCGCUCUGGCUCUCGUGCUGGCAACAACCCCCCCCCCCCCCAAACUUCUGUCCCGCCUGAGCGUUCACUGUGAGUGUGCCAGUAUGUCGUUAUGGAAAGUGUGUGUGCGUGUGUGUGUUUUGCUAGCGUGUGAUGUGUUAAUUGAUGUGGUAAUUGUACUAUAUGAUGUUGCACUGUUGGUGUUGUGGAGCAAAAAAAAACAAAAAGAAAAAACAGGACUGCACGUUUUUAGAUGUUUAGGAAAAUAACUAGCAGGUUGCGAAGAGGUUAAAUGCCCGGUCACAACUUCCUCUGUAUUUCCAUGGCAUUCAGUCAGGAUAUCAGUCACUGGAUAUUUAUUGUUUAUACUGUAUAUUUUCAGAGUAUAUGACAUGAUUAGACAAUAUAAAUCAGAUCAUAUUUUGUAUCCAAGUGAGACAUAUAAAGAUACUAUUUCCUCUAUAGUUGAUGCGGGAGCUAUAAAUGUAGUGUUGUCUAAGAAAGGCCCAGCAAGAUAGAAAACAGGACAAACUCCACGUCUUAACCUGUAAUUAUUUUUGCCAGUCGCGUGGGGUUUUUCCGAUUUUCAGUGUCAAGUUAGAUGUAAUUUCAGGUUCAAGAAAGUGGAGAGAGACACGUGUGCGCAGGUUUGGUGCUAUGAAGCCUGGAGUACCACAACAUCUAAUUAAAACAAAAACAUUUGAUUGAAUACUUUUACUUUACGUUGUGUUACGUUACGUGUUGGUGGGAGCUUAGCCAAUCAGUUCCUUGUGCUGCUCGACUUCCUUUAAAACCACGUCAACAUAUAAAACAAUUUACCUGUCGCCCGUCGUUUUGUAGUUGUGGACCGAACAGAAGACAAAGAUAGUGCUUGGGUAUAGACACAGCUUGCUUUUGUUACCAUAUCUAUUUGAAAAGAUAACACACGUACUUCCACCUCAUCUGGGUUCACCCGGCUCUCCUAGCUCCCUGUUAACAUGCUGAUCUGGUGGUAAGAAGCAGAUUCGUAGACAGUGUUUCCUUCUGUGUUUACGUCAACCAACCAUAUCAGUUGCUCCCAUUGGUCGUCGCCUUAAAGUUGAGAUAAGUUUACCUUAGUACCACCCACUUUGCAUCCUCAAGUUUUUUUUUCCCUUAUCAUUGCUACGUCUCGCUACAUUACUGGUGGUUCACGCAGAGACAAGAACUUUGUGCUUAUUUUAAUAAUUUUAUGCUUAUUUAUAGAAUUUUUGUCAAGUAUAAGCUCAAACCAUUGGCAGAUUUUUUUUUCUUAAUACAAGAUUAAUACAAGAUACAAGAUUUGAUCGAAUCUAAGAAUAUUUUGCUUCUUUCUAGUAAUGCUGUUUUUGCAGUGAAAGUAACGUAAAUAUAAAACUCAGUAUAUAUACUCCAGGCUCCAUAUCGGACAACCUCGUAUGUAGAGAGUCAUCGUUGAGCAUUUUAACAUCCUAUAACAUCAUAUAUUACAGUUUAAAUUCCAGCCAUCUCCACAUUACAAUAUAUCUGAUAUUUUUUGGUCUAUAUUAAUGAACCAGAGGCAGGUGCAAAGAUACGUGUAUAUGUUUAUUUUGAUGAGAGUAUUUAUACAGAUAUCUUUCUGAAUACUUUUUACUUGGUAUGAGGAGUUGUGAUUGUUUCCGCUAUACACAAAUCUAUGUGUAGGGGGGAAAAAAAACAAAAAAAAACACGGGACCAGAAUUUCCCUGCUGCCGCUUUUCAGGAAACACAGGUUCAGUUUAAGAGGAAACUUGAAAAUGAAACUGGAGAACGAGGUUUGACAGCAGCAGUUUAUUUGCCUUGCGGUGGGUUUUGUUGUGACCUAUCCAGAUUUGUAAGACUUUCCUUUUCGUCCUGAGAACAUCCGCUAACGUAUGGCCUCAAAGUCACUGUGCUGCUCUACUGUCGUUCUUUCUUUAAAGUGCGAUAUUACUCACAGGACUUUUGUAAAUACUGAAUCCUCUGUACAUGACAUAUGAUCUGUAUAUACUGACUGUGGAAGAAGUCAUAAAUAUAUAUAUAUAUAUAUAUAUAAAAUCUAUAGAUAUAUACAAAUACUUUAUUGAGACCAUAAAUGAUAAACAUUAUAACAUUAUAGUGUACAUAUAAUAUAAUAAUGUCGCUGGAUCUAGCACAAUAAUGCCACAUUCACACAAAAUAACAACGUCGCACAGAAAAAAAUUCAUAUGGUACAGUAGGCUCAAGGUUAAAUCUAGUUUGCAGAUUUUCUAAUAAUAAUAAUAAAAACAGAGUUUCUGACAUCAGAUUUAACCUCUCGAACCCUGAGCUUAGCUCUGCAGUAAGAAAAAUAAUACUGCAGCUUGUCCUGUAUAUGCUCCAACACGUCGCUGCAGCUACAUGACUCUAUGUAACAAAAAAAAUAAAUAAAUCAAUGCGUCUUUUCCGUCAUUUUAUACAUUUUCUGGCACAUUUAAUAAUAUUUCUGAAAAUGUGUGGUUAAGAAAUUGAAAUGAUUUUCUUUGAGCUCACACAAAAUUUGGACACUAAACCUGCAGGAGCCAGCAGGGUUUAAGAGGUUAAAAGAGCCUCUGCAUGGAAAACUGCUGCAUCGAUGUCUUUAAUCCAACUGAAAUCUUGUUAUGUAUUUAUUGAUGAAUCUGCAGAUUAUUUGCUUUUAAAAUGUCUUAAAGUCCAAAGUUGUGGUACCGAACCUAGAAAUAUUAGGUCGACCAUCACAGCUGUAAAAUCCAACCACGUUGAGCCUGAGACGAGAACAUUCUUGGCAUCUGAUCAAUCAAUUAUCAAAACAGCUGAUUUAUUUUGUGUCAUUUAAAUUUUUUUUUUUUUUUAAUCUGCCAACAGUUUCAGCUCCUCUCCAACCAUUUACUACGUUCAAUCAGAUCUGCCAGUGGUGUUAAAAUCAAUACAGCAUGAAUUAAACAUUUUUAAUUUAAUAUUUAGAGAAAGGAAAAAAAAUAAACUAAUGCUGACCACAAAAACGUUUUUUUAAGAAGUUACUGUUGCAGUUAGGCUGUGCUGAGGUGAAUGGUCUGUCCUGUCUUUGUCUGGAUUUCCGUGUUACAAUGUGCUGCUCUUCGUUUUGUACUGAAAAGGUUUCGGACCUAGACUUGUACAUACAGUAAACAUCAAACGCAACUUUAUUAACAGUAACAAUGUCGAGCAGAGACAGCCGGCAAGAGAUUCCAGAGACAGUUUUCAGUAUUGCAGCUUUUGCAAGCAUGCCCUUUGAGCACUAAAAUACGAAGGCCUUUUUUACACUAAUAGGUGGAAUGUACUGAUGAAUUGUUCACCUCAUAGGUCGUAUUAAAGGAGGACUCUGUGUGUUGUGGUUUCAGUGUAGGAGGGUUGAGGGGUUAGUAAGUAAAACAUAAAAAGUGUAUGUGUGGGAGGGUGGGGUGGAGGGUGGGGGGGUCGAUUCAACAUUGUCCUGUGUGAAACUCAGCAGCAUGCUUUUUAACCAUGCCUAUGGAAUAUGUCUCAUCUUUGGUCUUAUAUAAAUGUGCUUGUAUUUAUUUUUUAUAAGUGAUUAGAUCGACCUUCGCAAGAGAAAGGAAAAUUCAGCGCUGCCCUUUUUGUAAAACUCCCCAUCGGUUUUGCCAACGAUUCUGUUUGAACCAUAGCUCGCUGUUUGUUUUCGCCACAUAUCUUCAUAUGCUCCACUGGUUUUAUCUAUAGCAAAUAUGCAAAGCACACGAGACUCAACGCCACCAUCUGGACAUCUUGGGACGACUGGAGAGGAUCCUACAAGGGGCUAAAAUCUACCGAAACGUUUGUUUGGAUUUACGACACACAGGUUUAUUUUUUACCUGCACAGUCUGUAGAUUACACUGUGGUGCAUGCAGCCAUCUCCAUCCUGUUUUUAUUUUACUUUGCUUGAAAUUUGAAGAAAGGGGGGCCAAAAUAAAAAGGGAAUCAUAAGUGAUCAAGGGAAUCAUCAGUGAUCAAGGAAUCGUUUCCAACUAAAAUGUUCUUUGUGUUGAUGCUGCGGACUGGAGUGAAGGGGAAAUGCCUUUUUCUUGGACAUGCUAUCUCUCGGUCACCAAGUGGAACACAGUGUAAGGUUUAAAUAAAAUGAAAAAAUAAAAAUCCUCAUCCGAAUGUUGAAACUAUUAAAAAUGUUUUUAUAUUA